CUUUGGAAUGAGUUAGGCUUAUAAGAUUUAAACCUAGUGAAUUGUAAUAUUUGUUUUUAUGGGAAAUCACGGAUCAUCCGCGCUGGUUUCGGGGGAAGAGAAAAGAAUUCAGUGGCAAACGAAUGUUCUGCAAGUUCGUUACAGAAUACUUUGCCUACCAUGGAUCCAGCGGAAGUCUCACAGCUCCAGGCUGCAUUUGCAUCAAGAUUGGACUAUUUUAUGUGGAGAACAUUUCACUAUGUCAAACUCCCCAAAUCACGCUCUUACCUGGGUCAUCCUUGGCUGGCCAACCACAACCCUUCUAUUUCCUGGAACCAGGGUGAGCUCACGCAAUGGUCAAAUUUCAGUCAUGAACAUUGUCUCCAUGCCUUGUCUUACCACCAGCAUUGAAAACCCUGAAUUCCAAACAGUAACCAUGAUUCCAGAGGAGUAUGCAGAAUUCAAUGAAGUUUAGUAAAGUCAAAGUUACUCCGCUUCCUCUUCACCGUCCAUGGGACUUUGCCAUUGAACUUCUGUCUAACGCAGCUCCACCGAGAAGCAAGGCUUAUCCAUUGUCAUGCCCUAAGACUCUAGCUAUAGAAACAUUCGUCCCUCCACCUCUUCAGCAGCUGCAGGUUUUUUCUUUUGUGGUGAAAAAUGGAGGUCUACGUCCAUGUAUCGACUAUCAAGGCCUGAUCUCUGCCACCUUGAAAUACCGUUACCCACUGCCACUUAUCCCCUUAGCCCUUGAACAACUCUGUGAGGAUAAGAUUUAUAAUAAGUUUGAAGUGCUUAUAAUCUCAUCAAAAUUAGAGGAGAUGAUGAGUGGAAAACUGCAUUUAUCACCACCAGGGGCACUAUGAAUAUCUGGUCAUGCCGUAGGGACUUUCUAACGCCCCCUCUGUACAGUGAUGACAUCAUCCUCCUCCUAAAACAAUGAACAACAUAUCCAGCAUGUCAGGACAGUCCUAUCACGUCCCCAGGAACACCAGCUAUUUGUCAAGGCAGAAAAAGGAGUUUCAUAUCUCCCAUACCACUUUCCAAGGUUACAAUAUCAGCCACCCUGGUGUAGAAAUCACGGUUACCGAAUGGCCUCGACCUGCCACAAUCCAAGAACUACAGCGAUUUCUGGGCUUUGCCAGUUUCUACCACUGCUUCAUCGGAAACUACAGUAAUAUUGCAGCACCACUUGCAUCAUUGCUCAAAGGAAAACCCAACAAGUUGCCAUGGAACGACACCACAUAGCAAGCCUUUGUCUCCCUCAAGUCAAGCUUCAUGUCUGCUCCUAUACUGAAACACCCUGACCCCAUUCUUUUGUCGUUGAAGUAGACGCCUCUGUGGGAUUUGGAGCAGUCCGGUCACAACGUCACGGUACCCCAGGCGAGCUUUUCUCAUCUGCAUUUCUCCAGAAUGUUAAAAUCUGCUGAACAAAUCUAUGAUGUGGGGAACAAGGAAUUACUUUCCAUGAAGACAGCACUCGAAGUGUGGCGUCAUUGGUUGGAGGGGGCAGUCCACCCAUUCCAAAUUAUCACUGAUCACAAGAACCUUGAAUACAUCAAGGCAGCCAAGAGACUGAAUCCACGUCAAGCCCGACUGGCAUUGUUCUUCACCAGAUUCAAUUUUACUGUCACUUACUGCCCUGGCAGAAAGAAUAGCAAAGCAGAUGCACUUUCACGCAGGCAUGAUCCACCCCACAUCCAACCUCAUCCUAGAUCAAUUCUACCACCAUCUGUCAUCAUUGCACCGAUUAGUUGGGAUAUCAUGGAAGAAAUGCGAGCACAACGGCAUGAACCGUCACCACCUGUCUGCCCCCCAACCAAGCACUUUGUACCACAAGCUCUAUGUCUGAGAACUAUCCAAUGGGUCCACACUUCAUUGAGCACAGGACACCCUGGUAUCCAAAGAACAAUCACUCUGAUGCCAGUCUACAGCACCGCCCGGUGGCCAACCGCCAGUUCUGUGCUAUUUCUAACAGUGGAGUGGAGCGUCGCACAUCUGCCCCACCAAUCAGAGUCGAGUCACCCCGUUUUCACCCCCACGCCAAGGGCAAAAACAUCCGGUUGGAUGCACAACUGCGGCGGGCCACACGCAAGAACAGUUUCUGCAAUGGCAUCACCUUCAGUCAACGCCCCGUGCGCUUGUACGAGAAGGUGCGUUUGCAUCUCUCGGGAGUGCACACGGGCUGGAGUGGGGCUCUACGCUUUGGGUUCACUAGUUUAGACCCUAGCGAGCUUGCCUUAGCUGACAUCCCCAAAUAUGCUUGCCCUGACCUGGUGACCCGGCCUGGAUACUGGGCCAAAGCCCUGCCUGAGAGACUGGCCACUAGAGACAAUGUUUUGUCCUUCUGGGCUGACCGACACGGGCGGGUUUUUUACAGCAUCAAUGAUGGAGAGCCCAUCCUCUUUCACUGCGGUCUAAGUGUUGCCUGUCCGCUCUGGGCCAUCAUAGACAUCUAUGGAAUCACACAGGAAGUUACAUUGUUAGAAAGCACAUUUGCUGAGAGCGUGGGCACGAGCUGUCUGAGCGCGGCUCGACUCAGUGCCUAUCUGCCCCAGAGCAACCACGACUCGGCCAAUUACAACAACAACCAGCUCGAGACCAACCAGGCCGCCGCAGCGAAGUUUGCCACGCUUCAGCUCAGCAACUACAACCAGCUUAUCCCCAGCAGUUCCACAUCUUCUACCCCUUCUUCAUCCAAUGCCUUCAGCACCCAGAGAGCAGCCCGUGGCCUCUCCUCGCCCCUCGACACUGACCUACACUUUCACCCAGUGCGAGGUCCUGACGUGGUACUCUCUAAUGACCGAAUGGUCGCGUGCACCCACUUUCUGGACAGCAGCAGAACUCUGAUGUUCAGCGACAGGCCUGUUCGUGUGGGCGAGACUCUGUAUAUGGAGGUCGGCCAUCUAGGUUUGCCAUAUUUUGGGGCGUUUCUAUUUGGUAUGACUUCUUGUGAUCCAGGCACCCUCAAUGCGGGCGAGCUUCCCGCUGACCCGGAAGUUCUUCUAGACCGUAAGGAGUACUGGGUUGUGUACAGGGGUUUUCCUGUGCCAGCGGCAGGCGAUGUGCUCAGCUUUACUUUUCUGGCCAAUGGGGAGGUACAUCACGGCGUUAACGGAGGGGCGCGUGGCCGUCUGCUCUGUGUUGACUCGUCUCAAGUUCUAUGGGCCUUCUUCACUCUGCACGGGGCCGUGAACCGACUCAGGAUAUUAGGAACAAUGCAGGCCAAUCCACCCACCUCCUCAUCAGUGUCCCAGGGAUCAACACCUGACGACAGUGACUCUGAUCUGGCUUUCAGUGUCAACAGAUCCUCCUCUGCCUCCGAGUCCUCUCUUGUGACGGCUCCCAGCUCACCUCUCAGUCCACCUGUCUCGCCCACUCUCUCCUCAUCAGACACACCGUUGAGCAGCAAGAACAGUGAAUGCACAGUCUGCUUCGAUCAGGAGGUGGACACUGUCAUCUAUACGUGUGGACACAUGUGUUUGUGUAAUGACUGCGGACUGAGACUCAAGAGACAGAUUAAUUCGUGUUGUCCCAUCUGUCGUAGACCCAUAAAAGACGUUAUCAAAACCUACAGGCCAUGAAGGGGCUACAACAAAGGAUUUAGCCAAAAACUCGGUAGCUAUGGUUUAAUAUCAUGUAUAUGUAGCUUUGAUUUGUGUAGCAUUACGCUCUUGUCCAUAUUUAUCUCAACUCUGGUUUUAACAUUUUAUCUAAAGACAAAUGUAAAUGAAGGCAUGGAUUAUGAGGAUUUACAAAGGUUUGUCUGAUAACAGUUGAUAAUCAGAUAUUAUUAGUGCCUUUCUUUAGUGUGUGGAUUAGACAAUCAUAUUUGAGAGUUUUUGUAUAGGUGUUAGUUUAAAUAUUAAAAUGAUUCAGAGGGACCUGGACAUGCAAAAAGAACGUUUUUAACAAGCAAUUGAUUAUAGAGAUAGUUCACCCCCAAAAUUACCCACCCUCAUGUCAUUUCAAACCUGUAUGAAUUUCUUUCUUGUGUGUCACAGAAAGGUUUUUUAAUGAAUAUCUCAGUCCGUAGAUUCAGUACAAUGACAGUGGGGAGUGCCUCAUUUUAAAGCUUAAAAAAAGGAUCCACAAGUAUCAUAAUAGUCGUCCAUGUGACUACAAAAUUGACUGGAGGAAGUUUUCUUAUUUGAAAUAGUAAUAAUAACAAGAAUACAUUGUAAAAAAAUGUACGCAUAUAAAUUUCCUAACAGAAUUCCAUUAAAUUGAAUUGAAUAAUCGUUCAAAAUAAAUAAAUAAAAAACGAUUUAUUUGACGUUUUAUUAAUCUAAUUUUGUUUAACAUUACACAAUUUAAUUUGAUGGAAUUUUGUCAUGAAAUGUAAAUGUGUCAGUCUUAAAAAUAGGCUAAAAUGUUUUUUUUGAAUAUUUUCCGAGCACUGUGAGAGACGCUUGUUCACUCGUCAUAGGGGUUUGGAACAUAUGAGGGUGAGUAAAACAUGACAGAAUUUUUAUUUUUGGGUGAACUAAUCCUUUAAUAUACGGGGCUACAAAUGUGGUUGUGAUAUUAAAUAAAAAUAACUGUUUUGUAUUUGUUUUGAGAUUCUGAUUGCGGUGUUAAAGGAGAAAAGAAGACUUGUUUUAUGUCAGUUGAAGGGUUUGAGAAUUUGUUGCAUUUAUAUCUAGAGGUAAACUCUGCACUAAAACACAUCCUUCCCCUUUGUGUGAAGUCAUUUGUGAUGUGUACCUGGAGGACAACAUUUUAAGUAAAGAACAAAAAAAUCUUUCAUGUUUAUUUGAUGUGGUAGAAGUGGUUUAAUGUCAGAUUUCUAUUUCAGAUUUUGACUUUGCAAAUGUGGAAACUGGAUUUUAUUCAUAUUUUAAACAGUGGAAUUUCCUAGUACUCAUUUUGUCCAAUGGACCACUAUAAAAAGUUAAACCACAAA